GGGGAAGGGUUUUCGGGGCGGAGAGGGCAAGAGCCUUUCUGGAUGCUAGCGAGGAAGAGUCCAACCGCUCGGGCCAUCAAGAGGGCGGGAAGGAAAGCAAAGCCGAACCUCGGCCAGAGACGGACACUGCGAGAGACAAAGGGGGCGUGAGAGACCCGCCAGGCGGGGUGGAGGACGGGUGGUGCGCGAGGUGAGGGAGGUGUGGGGGGCGUGGGCCGCAGGAUGCGGCGCCCGCUCCGCCUGAGCUCCAGCUCCGGUUUUUCCCUCCGCCAUGCUCUCCCCCUCCCCGCCUCUCCUUUAACUCCCCCCUCCUGGGCUCGGGACUGGUUUCCUCCCUUAGCCCGCUGCCCUCAAUCCCGGCGAGGCUGGGGCUCCGGCUCGGUGUCCCCUUCCUCGCUGCCUCGCCCGGCGCCCCAUGCCGCCCCGCCCGGCCCUCGGCCCCCCAUGUCCCCCAUGUAGCCGGGCGCACAAAUCCCGAGGUGCUGGCGCGUGGGCCGGGGGCGCGUAGGGCGCCUGCAGACGGCCCCUGCAAGGGUUCUUGCGGGGCUGAGCGCUCUGGAGCCGGGGCGCAGGCACGGCAGAAAAGAGGGUCCUUGUGCGAGCUGGGGGUGACCGGCCACCCACCAGGGUGACUGGGGCUCCACAGCGUGGUACCACCCUCGGGGGUAGGAGACUUUGGGGGAGUUGGUGCCCCGCCCCCAGGCCUUGGCAGGGUCAUGGGGGCCCCCCAUUUUGGGCCAGGGGGUGUGCAAGUCGGGGCCCUGCUGCUGCUAGGUUUUGCGGGGCUGGUGUCUGGACUCAGCCUGGAGCCCGUCUACUGGAACUCGGCGAAUAAGAGGUUCCAGGCAGAGGGCGGCUACGUGCUCUACCCUCAGAUUGGGGACCGGCUAGACCUCCUUUGCCCCCGGGCCCGGCCUCCUGGCCCCCACUCCUCUCCCAGUUAUGAGUUCUACAAACUGUAUCUAGUAGGGGGUGCCCAGGGUCGGCGCUGUGAGGCACCCCCCGCCCCAAACCUCCUUCUCACCUGUGACCGGCCAGACCUGGACCUCCGCUUCACCAUCAAGUUCCAGGAGUACAGCCCUAACCUCUGGGGCCAUGAGUUCCGGUCCCACCACGAUUACUACAUCAUUGCCACGUCAGAUGGGACCCGGGAAGGCCUGGAGAGCUUGCAGGGAGGCGUGUGUCUAACGAGGGGUAUGAAGGUGCUUCUGCGCGUGGGACAAAGUCCCCGAGGAGGGGCUGUACCCCGGAAACCUGUGUCUGAGGUGCCCAUGGAGAGGGACCGAGGGGCAGCUCACAGCCUGGAACCCGGGAAGGACAGCCUGCCAGGUGACCCCAACAGCAAUGCAACCCGGGGUGCUGAAGGCCCCCUGCCCCCUCCCAGCAUGCCCGCGGUGGCUGGGGCCGCAGGGGGGCUGGCGCUGCUCUUGCUGGGCGUGGCAGGGGCUGGGGGUGCCAUGUGUUGGCGGAGACGGCGGGCCAAGCCUUCGGAGAGUCGCCACCCUGGUCCUGGCUCCUUUGGGAGGGGAGGGUCUCUGGGCCUGGGUGGUGGAGGGGGGCUGGGACCUCGGGAGGCUGAGCCUGGGGAGCUAGGGAUAGCCCUGCGGGGUGGGGGGGCUGCAGACCCCCCCUUCUGCCCCCACUAUGAGAAGGUGAGUGGCGACUACGGGCACCCCGUAUACAUUGUGCAGGACGGGCCCCCCCAGAGCCCUCCGAACAUCUACUAUAAGGUAUGAGGGCUCCUCCCGCCUGGCUCUCCUCAAUCCAGCCGUCCACGGGUGCUCCUCCAGCUUAACUCACGGUGUGAGGACACCUGCGCCAUAACCUCAGCCCCCUCUGCCCCACCAGCCCCCUGGCUCCUCCUGGCUAUUUUAGGAUCCCUUAAGAACCACGCCACCUCUUCCUGCCCUCCCCGACCCCUGUUUGGCUGUGGGCAUGCCUGUCUCUGCCUCUUAGGGAAGGGGGCACAGGCUCAGCCUCCUUUAACCACGACACAGGUGCCCUUGUUCCCUCACCCACCGAGCAGGGUGGGGACAGUCUGUCUUUUGGUUGGCACCUCUUUCUGCCUCUCACUGUUUUUCUCUUCUCUCUAUCUCUUAUUCUCUCUCUCUCUCCUGUCUCUAGGUCUGUUCUCUUCCUCCUCCCUAGCCUCCUCCUCCUUGCAUCUCCUUUUUACCCUCUUGGCUUCUUGUCCUUCCUGUGCCUCUCACGUGUCUCCUGGGUUGGGGCAUCAAAGUGUCUCUCCACUCGGCUCUUGGCCCUUUUCAACUUUUCAUACCAACUGCUCCCCUGGGUCUGCCAAAAGUCGGGGGCUCUUGGGGGGAAAGAUUCCCCCCCCCCACUCCGGGCAUGGGCACGGGGCCUCUUUCCCUGCCCUUCUGUGAACUUACUCCAGCCAUUUGGGGUGGUUACCCGGUCACAACCACUACCGUGAGAAGAGGUGUCCAGUGGCUGAAAGCAAGAUAUGGACCAGUGGGGGCAUUGUGGACUUGACCUGAUGCCGAAUGGCCUCAGACAGGAAGUGACUGGCUCCAGGCAAGAAGUGGCCAGGCCUGGACAGAAAAUGGCCUGGAAGUGGCAGAAGCAGAGCAGCAGGAACUGGAAGUGCCUUCAUCCAGGACAGGAAGUCGCGCUUCUGAAACAGGAAGUGGUCUGGCUGGAAUUCCAAGUGGCUUAGUCUGGGAAGGUGGUGGGGGUGGGGGCAGGGCACAGGAAGUGGAUGGUUCUUACCCUGUGGAGGAAGGGGCAGGAGGAACUUCCUGUUUCAGGAGGAAGCUGGAACUUACCACUGUGAGAGGACAGUUGUGGACUGAGUUUUCUUAGUAUUCAGUGGCACUUCCCAAGGAUCUCCCUUCCCUUGUGCUCUGUGCGGAUCUUUAGGACAGCUAAGAUGGCUGCCACCUGCUGUGGCAGGCCCAUUUGUCUUGUUCUCCCCUUCCUGUACCCCAGUAUAAUCUCUGUUGAUCAACAGGACUACCCCCAGAACCCACAUGUUGUCCCCUGGUAACCAGACGGCUGUCUUGUUCAUUCUUUCCUCCCUUCAAACCCAACACAGCACCUUCCUGGUGGCUGAGGGGUGGCCUGCUGAGGGGUGGCCUACUGACUGGGCUAGCUGGUGGCAGUUUUUUAGCACUGGUUGCUGUUUCCAUAGUGACAAGCCUAUACCUCUUCCUGCUCUUUAGUGCACAGUGGGCUGUUGCCUCAGUUUCCUCCCAGCUCAGUUUUAUUAGGCUCAAAGCUGCCCUUAGGCACCAAGUUGGCCACCUCAAUAAGCAGCCAAGAUGGCUGCUCUGUCCACCGGAGGUCAAGGCAUCUCUCUGGCACUGUAGUUCCCAGCUCCUUCCAGGGAACAGGAAGUUGGUAUUGCCAUGGGGGAGGUGGCGGGGUAUGGCCGUCACCUCAAUAGUUUUACUGUAAAAGGGAAAUUUGAACAACAACAAAAACAGGAAAAAAAAAAAUAAAAAACUUUAAAAGUUGA